CGCGGGUCAUCAAAAUAAACCGACGAUAUAAGUGUGAAGUUAGAAAAAGUUUCAGUUAAAGUGAUAUUGACUAAAUGAUCAAACAAUGACAAUGGACGUUCAGAAGAACUAUCAAAAUUAUAAAGAGACAUCGCCGGGCUCUAAAGGAGCGAAUUUAACUAUAGAAAGUGCAAGAACCUCUCAACAUUCUAAAGUGGAGAUGCAGUCAACCGCCGUGAGUUCUGGAAAAACAGCAAAGCGGUCGUUUGACGUGGCCUUCCUCAUGAUGCCGGAUGAAAAACUUCGCCAGAAACAACCGGAGAAACAUCUGCGUGUGUCGAAACAACUUUUCAACAGUGAAGAAUGGGAUCAAAUGCCAAAAAGAACUCCAGAAGUUUACAAACACAGUGAGUACGCCGGUGAAACCUCAUCUGACAUAAAAGACGAAGACACAGAUGAAAGAAUCCGAGUUAACAAUAACAUAUCACCGAGUUUUAGUUCAGAUAUUAACAUCGACGUCGGCACAGACGAGUACCCGAACAAAUCAGCGUACUGCAGUGAUUCCGAAAACUCAGAUCGUUCUCGAAGCCGCCCUAACUCUAAUGAAAGUGCGGCUCGGCCUAAAUUCUUCCCGGAGUCCCCGUACAAGAACAAGAUCUUCGAUGACCCCAGUCUGAUCAGCAUGCAGACACGGGCGAGGUACGACAAUAGAUUUAUGGAAAAGUCUGAGAUUUCUCCCAAGAGCGCUUUUACAAAAGUUGCCAAUUAUUCACUGCGAUCGCCUAACCCGUCAAUGAGCCCCGACAAUCUGCUGUACCAGAACUCGAUCAGCCCUCCAUUAUCCGCCGCUAGUCCACCUUCAAGUUCCUUCAACAAAUCCUUAGGAUUCAACCAUUUACUAAAUCCAGCACAGCUACUGAACGGCAACCACUUCUUCAAAAACCAAAACGGAGCUCCGCCGAAUUACUCCGAACCAAACCAGAUGCAGACCCGCUCAGCGACGUUCAACAAAACGGAAUAUCACGAAAAACACUCUGAACCUAAAGGUCAACCAAACAUGGCGUCGAAUAAAAUGAACUUUCUGCCGUUCAGAUCUGAAAUGCCUCCAUACCUGCAGCCUGGAUCUUCGUACCCAUUCGCGGUGCAGAAUUUCCAGCCUCCUAACCAAGAGUUCAUGAAGAUUCCUGGUCCUCCGCGGGAGCCUGUCAAUCCUUUGAUUGUGAAUCCUGCUGCUGCUAUUCUCAGCACGCUGCUUCCGCCGACGUUGGCCGCCUUCUCUCUGCCAGCACAAAAUGUUUGUGCUAAAUGUAAUAUCAGUUUCCGAAUGACAUCCGACCUGGUGUACCACAUGAGGACGCAUCACAAGAGUGAGUCCACUGUAGACCCGAGCAGGAGAAAGAGAGAAGAGAAGCUGAAGUGUCCAGUUUGCAAUGAGAGCUUCAGAGAGAGACACCAUCUGACGAGACACAUGACGGCGCAUCAAGAUAAGGAAGGAGACAUGGACGAUGUUCCAGCUAACUAUAAUAAGAAGAGUAAACAGUUUUUCGGACAUAAUAGAAACUCUCUAGUUCAUAAAUAAAUCUCUACACUCUAAACGGAUUUCAAUUAUAAGUAGGUAAUACACAAUAAUUUGUAGAGAUAUUCCGAUAAAAAUUAUCAGUUUUUCGGACAUACAAAAAUUGGUUUAACCUACAUAAUGGCUUAGAUUAUGUAAAUCGUUGAUGUUGUUAUUUCUUAUUUAUAUAGAUUACGUUAUAUCUUGUGCAAUAUUAGUAAUAAGCGGUAUAUUUGUGUAA